AUGUCUGAAGCCCAGAAGCCAGUCGAGGAGACGCCUGCCGUCGUUCCAGCCACCGUGCCAGAGACCACCACCGAGGCUCCAGUAGUCACUGAGCCAGCUGCAGAAACACCUGCUGAGGAGCCCGUCAAGGCCGCCGAGGAGACUCCAGCAGCUGAAGAGCCAAAGGAGGAGACCGCUGCUAAGGAGGUCGUCCCAGCCACCGACGGCCAGCUCGGAUACAAGGCCCCUGGUCUCGUCAACGAGGAGGCCGUUGAGAGCAAGCAGCUCACCUCCUACUUCCAGAAUGAAAAACUCAGUGUUGCCCACCCUAACGCUGCGUGGGCCAGCCAGACCGGCAAGGGACUGCUCUUCUUCGCCAAGCGUUCUGAGGACAAGGCCAGCCCCGCUGGUAUCAUCAACCUGAGCGAUAUCUCUGACGUCACCAAGGACGGCCACAACGAGUUUGUCUUCAAGCUCAACGGCCACAAGCACACCUUCCAGGCCGCCACUGCCGAAGAGCGUGACAGCUGGAUAGCCGCCAUCGAGGCCAAGUCUGCCGAAGGAAAGGCCGCCAAGGAGGAGAUCGUGGGUGGUGAGGGCUACAAGAGCGAGCUCGAGAAGUUCACCAAGGUACCAGUCGUUGCCGCCGUCGCUGGCACCACCAAGAAGGUGGUUGAUGACGCUACCAAGGCCGUCGAGUCUGCCGUCGAGCCAAAGGAGGAGAAGAAAGACGACAAGAAGAGCCGCUCUCAGUCCCGCAAGCGUGCCAGCAUCUUCGGAAACUUCCUCGGAAAGAAGGAGGACCAGGAAGAGAAGAAGGAAGAGCAGAAGGAGGAAGACAAGACCGAAGACAAGGAGGCUAAGAAGGACGAUGCCGAGGAUGCCCCUGCUCCCGUCGCUGCUGCUGAUGAGGCCGGUGAGCCCGCUGCCACCGAGGCUGCUGAGACUUCUGCUGCUGCUGAGCCAGCCACUGAUGCUCCCGCUGAAGAGCCAAAGCCUGAAGAGAAGAAGACUGAGACUCCUGUCAAGUCCAAACGUACAUCCAUCUUCGGCAACUUCUUCCAGAAGUUCCCCAAGGAAGACCAGGAGAAGGCCAAGAAGGAGGCCGUUGCUGAGACCCCAGCCGUUUCCAGCACCGCCCCACAGCUGGGUGACCCUGUUGAUGCGUCCACCUCUGAGCCAAUCAAGCCCGAGACCGUCACUGCUCCAACUGAAGAGACCGCUGAGAAGGCCGAGAAGACCGAGGAGGUCACCACCCCAACCUCUUCCAACAAGUUCCUCUCCUUCAUGAAGAAGUCCGAAAAGACUGAAAAGUCUGUCACGGAGACUGUCGAGAAGAAGGUUGAAGAGACCGUCAACAAGGCUGAUGAAACCGUCACUGCCGCUGCCGACGCUGUCGUCCCUGGCCUCAAGGAGAAGCGCCGCACCUCCCUCUUCGGCACCCUAGGUGGUAAGAAGGAGAAGAAGACCGAGGUCGAGGGUGAGACCUCUGAGGGUGAGACCCCCAAGAAGACUGGUAGCCUCUCCCAGCUCUUCCGCAAGCCCAGCAAGGCCGUCAAGAAGGAGAAGGAGCCUGCCGUUGUGCCGGCCACCGAGACUGAGCCCAUCGCCGAGGAACCCUCCACCGAGGCCCCAGCCGCCACCACUGAGGCCGUCAAUGGCGAAGAGCCCAAGACCACCGAGGCUCCCGCUUCCUCUGAGCCCGCUCCUGUCGCUGCCUCCCAACCCGUCCCCACCGCGGCAUGA